AUGGCGCAAGGAGGGAAGUCGAUUGUUGUGAUAGGGGCUGGUAUUAUUGGCCUCACGUCCGCCCUGCAACUUCAGAGCGCCCUAGGGAGUAAUAGCAGCAUCACCAUAGUCGCAAGGGACUGGCCAUCCGACGAGAACGUCCACUACACCUCUCCGUGGGCAGGAGCACAUGGACGACCGUUUCCAGCAACGUCGGCUCUUGAGAUCCAGCAACAAGAACUGUCCAAGGUGACGGACGCCGUGCUUCGCUCUCAGGCAACUUCUGAGCCAGCCUGUGGAGUCGUAUUCAUGGAUGGCUAUGAUUACCUGUCCUGCCCGUCUGAAGCCUAUACACAUCUGAGAGGUGGCUACGGCGACGCUGAGGGUCUACAAGUUCUGCCCAAACAGGAGCUUCCCAAAGGCACGAACAUCACAUUCGGCACUAGGUACAGGACCUGGUCUCUGAAUCCGCCUGUAUAUUGUGCCUACCUGCUUAGGAAGUUUCAAUUGAGGGGAGGCAAGACCCUGAGGCGAUCACUGACAUGUGCAGAAGAAGCCUUUUCUCUGGCGAGCAAUGUUGAUACUGUGGUCAAUUGCUCAGGAUUCGGCUUUGGUGAUCCAGCUUUCUUUCCGAUUAGAGGUCAAACCUGCUUGGUCUCCAAUCCGUGCGACCGUACCAUCAACCAGUUGAACGCCGAUGGCACUUGGACUUUUAUCAUUCCCAGGCCCCUGGAAGGUGGCACCAUUAUCGGAGGAACCAGAGAAUCCCAUGACUGGACCGAGCACCCACGACCCGAAACUCGCGAACGUGUCCUCGCGUUGGCUGCGAAAAUGUACCCUCCCAUUCUAGGCCGCGACGGCAAAUUCCAUGUCAUUCGCGACAUUGUUGGCCGGCGGCCUGCACGGAUCUCAGGGUUCAGACUCGAGGCAGAGUACAUGAAAGGACCACAUUUAAAGGGGAGGAAAAUCAUUCAUGCAUAUGGGGCCGAAGGCUUUGGAUAUGCGAUCUCAUGGGGAGUUGCCCAAAAAGUCUUGGACUUGGCCUGUGGAGGCCAUGACUCGGUUGCCAGGCCAUCUCUCUAA